UUUGUGUGUGUGUAGCUUGAUUUGUCGUCCGGCUUCUCUGUUAGCAUCUGACCAGACUGUCUAUAACUCUCUGAAGUUUUUUUCUUUUUCUUUUUGAUAUAAUCGCUGUUUUAAGCGGAGGAUAUUGACAUGGAAGACAGUGAAAAGAAAGCCCCAUCAGUAAUCGAUCGAUAUUACACCCGCUGGUAUAGAACAGAUCUGAAGGGGAAAGUAUGUGAGGAUCACUGCAUUCUACAGCACUCCAACAGAAUAUGUGUCAUCACACUUGCCGAGUCUCAUCCUAUCCUUCAGAAUGGACGAAAAAUCAAAAACAUAAACUAUCAGAUCAGUGAUGGAUGCAGCCGUCUGAACAACAAAGUGUCUGGAAAGUCAAAGCGAGGUGGUCAGUUCCUGACAGAGUUUUCACCACUGUGUAGAAUAACGUGUACAGAUGAACAGGAGUACACCAUAUUCAGCUGUAUCAGAGGACGUCUCCUAGAAGUAAAUGAAGCCAUUCUGAACAAGCCAGAUCUGUUACUGGAAAAGCCUUCCACAGAAGGAUACGUUGCGGUUAUAUUACCUAAAUUUGAAGAGAGUAAGAGCAUCACCGAGGGCCUUCUGACCAGAGAACAAUAUGAGGAGGUUCUCAUGAAAAGAAACCAACAAGAAGAGCCUUGCUGAGUUCAGCUUGCACUUUGAAGCUGCUGACUGCUGAGUCUCCUUUGAAGAAUAAUUGCUUUAAGCAGGUGAGAUGAGAACGUCAAUGGCAUCAUGGCUGUGUGCCACUUCCAUUUAAAAAAAAAAACAUCUUGAGAAAAUGACGACUUGAAGAAAUAAAGACAUGUCUGCUGGAUCCAGAACAGUCUUGGAUUUCACUGGGAUGCAUUUUGUUGGACCAUUAUUCAUGAGAUGCAUAAAGAUGCCGUUGUUGUGGUUGUUUAGUUUGUUUCAUUAAGAGCUAUUUUAAUUUAAGAAGAAACAGGUCUCUAUCCUCACAGACACAUUAUUUUCCUUCUGGUUGCUAUGAAACUGCUUAUAAUGCUGGAGAUUAUUAUAGUUUUGAAAUAAAAACUUAAAGGAACAGCUCCCUUCUAGGCAGAUUCCCAUUGAA